AUGGACGUGAGCAAUAUUGUGUCAGAAAAGCCAGUGGUGAUCUUCAGCAAAAGUUCAUGUUGCAUGAGCCACACCAUUAAGUCUCUCUUCUUCGAUUUCGGCGUAAACCCGGCAGUUUACGAGCUGGACGAGAUGCCGAGAGGCCGGGAAAUCGAGGCAGCUCUGUCGAGGCUUGGCUGCAACCCGACCGUUCCGGCGGUGUUUAUCGGCGGCCAAUUUGUUGGUGGAGCUAAUGAGGUCAUGAGUCUUCAUCUCAAGAGAAAAUUGAAGUCAAUGCUCCAAGAGGCUGGUGCUUUAUGGGUUUAA